GCCCGGUGGGCCCGGCCCGGCCUGGCCCCGCGGAGGGGCCCCGCCGUCAGUCUGCUGCCGGCGCUGCGGAGAGGAGGAGGGUGGCCAUGGCGGCGGCCCCGGCGGAGGCGGAGACCCGGCAGCGGCUGCUGCGAACCGUCAAGAAGGAGGUGAAGCAGAUCAUGGAGGAGGCGGUGACAAGGAAGUUUGUGCAUGAGGACAGCAGCCACAUCAUCUCCUUCUGUGCUGCUGUGGAAGCCUGUGUGUUGUACGGCUUGAAGCGGAGGGCAGCAGGAUUCCUGCGCAGCAACAAGAUAGCAGCUCUGUUUAUGAAGGUGGGAAAGAGCUUUGCUCUGGCAGAGGAGCUUUGCAAGAAAGUGCAAGACCUGGAGCAGCUCAUUGAGAAUGCACGAAAUCAAGUCCAGGGCAUUCCGGAGAAUGUGCGUAAGAUGCCGAAGCUGCCCAGCUUGUCUCCUCAAGCCAUCAAGCACCUCUGGAUCCGCACAGCCCUCUUUGAAAAGGUCUUGGAUAAAAUUGUGCAUUACUUGGUAGAAAACAGCAGUAAGUACUAUGAGAAAGAAGCUCUCCUGAUGGAUCCUGUGGAUGGGCCAAUUCUUGCAUCUUUAUUGGUGGGGCCCUGUGCACUAGAAUACACAAAGAUGAAGACUGCUGACCACUUCUGGACAGACCCCUCAGCUGAUGAGCUGGUUCAGAGGCACCGGAUCCACAGCUCGCACUGUCGCCAGGACUCGCCCACCAAGCGCCCGGCGCUCUGCAUUCAGAAAAGGCAUUCGAGUGGCAGUAUGGAUGACCGGCCAUCGCUGUCUGCCAGGGACUACGUGGAGUCGCUGCACCAGAAUUCCCGAGCCACACUCCUCUAUGGCAAGAACAAUGUCCUGGUGCAGCCACGAGAUGACAUGGAGGCGAUCCCGGGAUAUCUGUCCCUUCACCAGACUGCUGACAUCAUGGCGCUGAAGUGGACUCCCAACCAGCUGAUGAACGGCUCUGUGGGCGAUCUGGACUACGAGAGGAGCGUGUACUGGGACUAUGCCAUGACUAUUCGCCUGGAGGAGAUCGUCUAUUUGCACUGUCACCAGCAAGUAGACAGUGGUGGAACUGUUGUCUUGGUGAGCCAGGAUGGGAUUCAGAGACCCCCGCUGCGGUUCCCCAGAGGAGGGCACUUACUGCAGUUCCUGUCCUGCCUGGAGAAUGGCCUCCUGCCCCAUGGGCAGCUGGAUCCACCCCUCUGGUCUCAGCGGGGAAAGGGGAAGGUGUUUCCCAAGCUGAGGAAGCGAAGUCCCCAGGGCUCCUCCGAGUCUGCAUCCGACAAGGAAGAUGAUGAAGCCACAGAUUACGUUUUCAGAAUAAUCUACCCAGGGAUGCAGUCUGAAUUUGUUACCAUUAACGGUAAUUUUCAUCCAUUCCUUGUGUCUGUGAUCUCCAUCGCUGCUGUGAGAGGGAAGAUCACGAGGACUCCAGCUGCAAGCAAGAUGGUGGUGAUUCCUAAAUGGUUUCUGAGUGUCCCCAUCACGUCCCGACCUCCCCUUGCCGCUCUGAGGGCCACUCAGCAUUGGUUGCCCCAGGACCUGGUGGACACACCGGGUGCUGGCCUGCCUCCCAUGUGGCAACCCAGCACUCGCAAGUCCUCCUGCUCCUCCUGCUCUCAGAGUGGCUCCUCUGAUGGUGGGCCAUCCAACGGCUGCAGCCACGAAAGAGCUCCGCUGAAACUCCUGUGUGACAAUAUGAAGUACCAAAUCCUCUCCCGGGCCUUCUAUGGCUGGCUGGCCUAUUGCAGACACCUCUCCACGGUGCGAACCCACCUAUCUGCACUGGUUCACCACAACAUCGUGUCUCCUGAUGUGCCCUGCAAUGCCAGCUCGGGACUGACUGUGGACAUAUGGCAGAGAUACCUGCAGGACAGCACGAGUUACGAGGACCAGGAGCUGCUGCGGCUGAUCUACUAUGGCGGGAUCCAGCACGAGAUCAGGAAGGCUGUCUGGCCCUUCCUUUUGGGCCAUUAUCAGUUUGGGAUGACGGAGGCAGAAAGGAAAGAGGCUGACGACCAGAUCCGCACCUGCUAUGAGCACACCAUGGCAGAGUGGCUGGGCUGCGAGGCCAUCGUCCGGCAGCGGGAGAAGGAGUCACACGCAGCAGCUCUGGCCAAAUGCUCCUCCGGGGCCAGUCUGGAUUCCCACAUUCAGAGGAUGAUGCACAGGGACUCGACGAUCAGCAAUGAGUCUUCGCAGAGCUGCAGCUCUGGCCAACAGAAUCAUGCUCGGUUGCAGAGCGACUCCAGCUCCAGCACGCAGGUGUUUGAAUCUGUUGAUGAAGUGGAACAGACUGAAGCAGAUGCUCAGCUGGAAGAUGGCAAACAAAGCAAGAUCCCUAACGGGACAGUUCCCAAUGGCAUGUGUUCCCCUGAUUCUGGCCACCCCUCUUCCCAGAACUUCUCCAUCGCCUCGGGAUUCUCGGAGCGCAGCUUCAGCAAUGAGGACAGUGCCCUGGAAACCAACAAAUCCUCAGCUAGCUCUCAGGGAAAGGUCGGUGGGUCUGACAUGCUAGGUCCACAGGACCUGGAUGGUGCCCAGCAGGAGAAGAAGCUGCAGGGCCAGGACAGCCUGGAAGGUGAAUUUCCCACUGGUGGAAGCGUGGACUUUGUUCCCGUGGGUGAGAGCUCGGCAAGGGUCCUGCGUGAUCGUGACAUUGUGGCCCUGACCGUGGUAGAGAGCUGGGCAGACAGUGAAGCUGAAAAGCAAAGCUUGGUGGAGAGUGAAGAUAAUCUCUCUGAGGAGCCAGAGAUGGAGAGUUUGUACCCGCAGCUGGAUUCUCUGGCUGUAGCUGAUCUGGCCAACAGUGAAGUGUCUGCUGUCUCCUCGACCGGUGUCACCUACUCUCCAGAGCUACUGGACAUGUACACGGUGAACCUGCACCGCAUUGAGAAGGACGUGCAGCGGUGUGAUCGCAACUACUGGUACUUCACCCCUGCCAACCUGGAAAAACUCCGCAACAUCAUGUGCAGCUACAUCUGGCAGCACAUUGAGAUUGGCUAUGUGCAGGGGAUGUGUGACCUGCUAGCCCCUCUCCUGGUCAUCCUGGAUGAUGAGGCUCUGGCUUUCAGUUGUUUCACCGAGCUUAUGAAGAGGAUGAAUCAGAACUUCCCCCACGGAGGAGCCAUGGACACCCACUUUGCCAACAUGAGAUCUCUGAUCCAGAUUCUGGACUCUGAGCUCUUCGAGCUGAUGCACCAGAAUGGUGAUUACACUCAUUUCUACUUCUGCUACCGAUGGUUUCUCCUGGACUUCAAGAGAGAGCUGGUGUAUGAUGAUGUGUUUGCCGUCUGGGAGACCAUCUGGGCAGCUGCGCAUGUUUCCUCUGCACACUAUGUGCUCUUCAUAGCCCUGGCUUUGGUGGAAAUGUACCGGGACAUAAUCUUGGAGAACAACAUGGAUUUUACAGACAUCAUCAAGUUUUUCAACGAAAUGGCUGAGCGGCACAACACCAAGCAGAUCCUGAAGCUGGCUCGGGACCUUGUCUAUAAAGUCCAGACUCUGAUCGAGAACAAAUGAAGGACAUGGGGAAGACGAGGCAUCCAGACAAAGAGUCGGGACUCCCCUUCAAUGCUUCCUCCCCUUCUCCUUUUUCUCGAAGUGCCACACCUGUGAAAAUAAGGUAGUUGGACACAUGCUGCUGUCUAAACUGGAAGUACCCUUAGCUCUCCAAGUGCUGUGUUCAGUGUUAGGUCCAGGGGCCCCGGCUCAGAUCUUCGCAGCCUUCUUCAGUGACUUAACCAAAGAUCUGUACAAUUGCAUUUUAUUGCUAAGGACUUGCUUUGGAAGCAGGACCCAGGCAGUUGCUUCCUCGCCUUGCUGCAGCAGAAGGUCAGCGAGUGUGGUUACCACCACAACUGCCGAGGCAGUUGCCAGCAUCCCAGGUCAGAGCUCGGGGUCUGGGAGGGCAGAGCUGCCAGCCCUCCUCGGGGCUGACUCAGGCUCAACAGCCUUUGUUGCAAGGAAAUAAAGCUGCUUCCUUGGACAGCCGUUACCCUGUGGCACGGGGAAGCCAGCCAGCCCUGCAAGCCUGGGCAAUAGAGGGAUGCUGCUAGUACUCAGUUUCUUACUAAUAUUACGAGGUUCUGCCAGUAAUGGAGAGGGACUUUGAUCACAGAAAUUCCUCUUCUUUUGGUCUUGUCCCUUGAUGCAUAGCAUCCCCUUUAGUAUUUUUUUAGGGCUCUGUUCUCUCCCUGGGAUUUUGACAUUGUUUGUUAUUACAAUAUCUGAGCACACGAGAGUUUCAGCUCUGGAUGGAUUUUCAGAAGAGCUCCAAAUUCAGCAUUGGGUUUUUCUUUCAAAAUCCAGCUUCUGUAAUGCUCUCUGAACACUGGAAAAUCUGGUCCUAACCUCCUCUGGGAACUCUAGACUUGAGGUUUUCUUACCUGCCUUACUCUAGCUGCUUGUGUUAGGAGUCUGGUCUCCCUAUCGUUCCUCUGCAACCCUGUUAGGGGAGAGCUCCUCGGAAGGCAAGUCAGAGCUCCCGACUUCGGUGACUGUCCUGACUUUCCCUCUGAAGGUGCCUUCCUCUAUUAAUUAAAAGACCAGCUGCUCAAACCUAGACAGUGCAAACAAUCCCCUUGGUGCCUGCAGGUUUUCUGUGUGCUUCUGGGGCUGGCUGCAAAGCCCCCUAAGUCCACUGAAAGUCUCCAGUUAGGUCUUGGUGGGCUUCUUUCACAUGCCUGUGAAGAGGAAAAUAACCCAAGGUCCCUGAGUGGUCUUUGCUUUUGGAAGAUGCACUUCUGUGGCCACUUUUCCUGCAGUGGCUCUCCAGUGUUGCAGCCCCUGGAGCACACUGCAUGAAGUGCCUCUCCAGCACUACCAGCGUGAGAGCUCAGCUGCUGUGUCAUGCUAAGGCUGCGCUACGGAGGGUUUGGAUUCAUUUUUCAACUCAGGUAAAAACAAUAAAGGAAAAGGAGAGGUAUAGGUUAUUGGUAGGUCUAGUUCAGCCAGGGAGGGCUUUGUCAUGGCCACAGAAGGCUGCCUUGAAUGUGUGCUUUCAGCAGCCAGGAAGAUGCUGGCUUGUAGCUCUCUAUAAGGGUACUUUCUCUCAAGUUUUGCUGCAAAAAUUUGUGUUCCCCCUCCAUGCAAUGUGUGAUGUGUGUGUGCUCUCCUCCUCCCCUCUGCAAGAUAAGGCCCUGCUCUUCUCUUGCUGUUGGAGUGCUGCUCACCAGAAGGGAAAAGGGGCCCUUCCCUUCUUCUGUGGAACAUCUGUCUGUGCUGACUGUGUUUUGUAUUUACUUGUGGCAUGUGUCAGAUGUUGCUUGCAGAAAAAAGACAGAUGUAAAUCAGCAGAAAAGAAGACUGCUGCUUCAGAAAAGUUCUGCAGAGUGUGGUGAAGCGGUUUGCAGUUUCUGAGCAAAUCAGCUAGUCUUUCUGCAGUACUGGGACAUAGAGGUUGCAGCUAGAAAAACAAGGGAACAGUAGUGAAUCCCGAACCCUUUGGGGAAAAGGACUGCAGCAGGGGGUGAGAGCAAUGGGGAGCCUUUCAUUUCUCAUAAUCCCAACAAGCAAAUAUGUACCACCAAUCUAGGAAAUUCUUUGAGGCAAUUUUCUGCAUUAAAUCUCCAAAGAGUGCUUGGUCUGUAGUAGCACAGGAAACAAAAGCAUUUGAGCUUCAAAUCUGCCGGUUCCUGUGUGAAUCUUUCAUCUUUCCCCAAAGCAGACCAAAAAACUUGUGCCCUCCCUGCCAGGCUGUUCCUGUUCCCUCUGGGUCCUAGGACAGGUAAUAGUCUGCCUGCAUCACAUUCUCCAAAGGGGAAGUGCUCUGUCCUCCCCUUUCUGAAGGAUAAGAACCAACAGGUCAACUUAAAUACAGUCUUAUCAAGCAAUGUCGCUGACACUUUAUCUUUUAAGCUUCUGUUUUUCUUUCCUUGGUUUUUAAGCAAAAACAGCCAAGAAAUUCUGCACAAUAUUUGCUGUCUGUAUUAACUGAGAGUGUCUUUGGGCUGCUCAAUAGCAGUGUUUUUUGAAUAACUUCUGGGGGAAAAAGGUAUUUAUUUAUUGAUUGUACAUUACUGUGUGUCCUUGUAUACUGAAGUAUGUGAGUGUGCAUUGUUAUGCAAAUGGAGAUAUAUCUUUUCAAUGUUCUUUACAAUAUCUUGUAAAUGUUUACCAGAAAAUUGUGUCUAUAUAUAAUAUAUAUAUAUAUAUACAGUAUAGAGAGAAUAUAUGUGAAUUAAGUGAGUUAUUUUUUGAGGGGUGGGGAGAAGAAAUCUUUUGCUUCUAAGAACUGUGUGGUUUCUAUAGCACCUAUUCCAUGAUGUGCCAAUCUGUCGCUGUCCCUGUACUGUGAGAAUUGUUCUGGUACGGCAACAGGAAGCUCAGAGCAGAACCACCAUCAUGACCUCAGCUUGGCUUGAUUUUAGUUUGGCCUUUAAAACUGGAAAAAAAGAAAAAAAGGAGGAGAAAACCAUAAUAAUAAAAAAAGCUUUGUUCCAGCUAUGGCGCUGAGUCGAGUCCACAGGAGCAGACCCCUGCUCAAGCUGUGCAGGGUUUUGUGCCUGCCCUGGGAUUGGCUUGGGUAAGAACAGUUGCAGAGUUGAGGCUUGGUUGUGGGUUGCAAAGAAAUGGGAUAGUCCAAAGAAUAUGGUAUGUCAUUUAAAUUAGGACUAAAGUCAUUCUCCUUUGCAGUUGGUCGUCCGUUUUGUUAGGAAGGGAGUAUCACAUGACCCAUACAGAGUACUCGCAGAGCUGAUCCGCUCUCCUAACUAGUGCUCAUCCAGACUAGCCUUGCCAAAGGCAGCGCCCCCCACGCGCUGCUCUACUCUGAUUCGUACAAAAGCCAGUGAAGACCGUCUGCUCCCGAAUACUCCUGUGAGACCUCGAGUCUGAACUUGGAGGUCCAGCUUUGUGUUCCUAUGCAGAUCUGAGACAGGACACGUGAACAGUUUCCAGGCCCUGCGCUGGUGGACGGUGCUGUUCCCCGGCUGCCCAUCCUGCCAGACCCUCGCCGUGCUGCCAGCACAGGAGCGGGCAGGACAGCAACUGCGGGAGGUCAGGAAUAGGCUGUGUGCGAUAGUCCCUGUUCUCUGCCGUUCCACAGCCCCUGUCCACAUGUGGUCCCAGCUCGGUUUUGAGCAUCUCAUCAGAAGCUGCAGUGAGUAGCAGCCGUGCUCCUUGCUGAUCCCUCCAGGGCAGCUGCUGUAUGACCGGCAGGUUUAUGUGCUUGUGGAGACCCAGAGUGAAACACCACCAGGAGUCUGGAGCUCAAUAUCUAUUCGAUGGUUAAAAGCUACUAAAAUUUAAGCAAAGGUUUUUGUUGUGCUGCUGUUCGCAGGCCUUCUCCUGCCUGGUUCUGCCCCCUUUGCUAGAUUGCCCUGAGUUAAAAGCAUUAUUGUGAGUUUCCAACAGCAUGAAUCCUCAUGGCCCUGCGAGACGGCACAGAUCUCUCCCAGCUGUGCAGCCAGAUGAUCGCCUGUUUACCGUGGAGGGAGAAGCCCGUCGCAGGGGAACGCUUGCCCAUAUACAGUAAUCUUGUCUGGCUCCUUGGGGGAGAGGAAUGUCUCAUCCCAGCAGCUCUGUGCAGCUGAAAUCCACCCUGUGCAAUGGCAUUACAAGCCAGGGACUAUCUUUAGCCUGCUGCUGUUCGCUCUGUGGGAUCAGGGGCUCGAGCCACUGUGCCUUCUGACUUGAGACUGCUGCAUGCUUCCUCUGGGUGCAGUGAGGUUUGCAUCCCACUUGCCCCCAGCUGGCGUUCUCUGCUCCAAGUUGCUCCAGAGCAGAGCCUGAGUGAAGGACGGACUCUACGGGCUGAGCUGUUCAACUCGUGUUGCACCCGCACUGAGCAUCUGCAGAGGUGUGGGGUUUUUGCUUUAUCUUUUGUUAAAGCUGCUCAGCUUGCAGAUAAUCUCGGUAUGUUUAAAUACAGUGAAUGUUUGUGUCCUGGCCCUGUGUUCCCCCAAGGGAGUUACUAAUGGAUUCUCUUUCUGCAUUUGAGCUUUCUGCUGAUGCAACCUACCAAAUAACUCUUGGUACCCAUCUCUUUUAGUGUUACUCAUGUAAACACUUUAGAAGUUGUCUUUGUUCCUAAAUGUGUGAUUUUUAUAGGAGUUUUUUUUGUACUGUGUUGAGUCCCUGAAUUGCUUUGCUAUUAACAUUUUUCAUGAAGACUGAGAGGGUUUUUUGCAUGGGAGCUUCUUGUUGCCACCCUGUUCUGCGCUCAUCCAGCCUCUUACAUUUUGAACAUCCCUUAAAAUAUCCAAAUAUACAUUUUAUUGUAACUAGAACCAGCAGUACAAAUGCAGGUAUCCGCAACCAUCGUCACUGAUAAGUAAAAAACAGAUCAAGAGAAGUGACUAUUCAUGAUGUGGUAGCUUGGAAUCGCACUUCUGCUGGGAACCCAUCCCUGGGCAAGCUGAGCCCAUCCCUAAAUCCCACCUUGGAGACACAGGCCUUCUGGCAGGCUGUUGGCAAAGAGCAAUUUAUGGGAGGAGAUUCUUCUUGUUCUUUCUUCUUUAUUUAUUUGUUUACUUAUUUUAAUCUGGCUGGCUAGUUUUCCUUCCUUUCCCCAUUCAUUUUGAGUAGCUGGCUAAUUCUCUGCACUGGGAGCCACUGUGGCAAACAGUCCUCAAAAUAGGUAUAGGACCAGUUUCAGGAUUCUCAUUGCAUAAGUUUGCUUUUAAAAAUACCUUGUACUAUCUUGAAUUGCUGCUCUCUACCGUGUCAUUGCUGUUCAGCUAGUGGUAGCCUCUGAGCCCAUUCAUCAGUGGGGCCAAAAUGAUUGUCAUUUCGUCAAAACAUCUGUCAAAUAUUUUUCACUCAGUUUGGGAAUUUUCACGAGUACCAAACAGUUCUGGGCACAUUUUCAGCAUUUUACUCUCUCAUGAGCACAAAUUGAUAGUGAAAGAGCACAACUUAACAGAUGAAGUGACAAUUUUCUAGCAAUAUGGAAGGGUUGUAACUUUCACCAGAACCAGUUUUCAGAAAUUAUUACAAAAGUCUUCAGAUACCCUGAAGUAGAUAAAAUGCCACUUACUAUUGCCUACUAUUUCGGCACUCUGAUGAUCUUCAGUCAAGGUCAUUAUCCUUGUUGCCUGCCCUGAAGUAAACACGUAUCGCUGAUUAAGGCACCUGAGGUCUUUGUGGUCCCCAGUCACACCACAUUUAUGUUUUAUGGUGGCAGCGUGGGCCAAAGUUAAGGCUGUUUUGGUGCCAUAGCUGUGUGUUUCUACAGCUUAGAGUGUCUGGAUUUCUUCUAAACUUUGUCGGAAUCCUGAAUUUCCUGGAGAAUGUAUGUUGUUGGAAUAGCCAUAGCAGUCUUUUAAUAUGUGUCUAAUUUUAGAUUAGUGACAAGCAUAUUCAACCUUAAAUUCCCAUUUCGUAGUUUAAUAACUUCCUAACUUCCAUUUUUUAAAUUGAUUUUGCACACGGAGAGUGAGCAGGGAGCCCAGAGACGGAGCUGCAGGUGACAGCCUCUGGUCCAUGGCUGGGUGCGAUGGCUCCUGAGCUGCUGGCGCGUGGAGGGUCCGUGGCCCUAUCGGCUCUGGAGCCAGUCCAGCACACAGAGCCAUGUCUGGAGCAGGCGGGUUGUGUCCCAGCCUCCGCCCCACCAGACAGGUCUGCUGCUGUCCUCAGCAGAGACUCUCAGGUCUUCUGGAGAUGUCACCACUUUCCUCUGCCCAGCAAGAGCAGCCGUCUCCUGUGCCCUUGGUGGGGGAGAGAGCUUCUGAGGAGCUUGGCAUGUGGCAGGGGAUGGGCAUUAAUUGCUGCUUGAAGUGGGAGAUGGUUAGGAGGAUGGCCACUUUUCAUCAACUUUUUUGUAAGGGGUUAAAAGCACCUUUUUUUUUUUUUUUUUUUUUAAAUCGAUGCUAAAAUUUAAACUAUGCACAAGAUCUCAAAAAGUACAUGGAAGUUUUAAGAAUCGGUGUCGCUUCACUGAUAGGGAGGUAAAGAAUUGAAAAUCCUAAUACUGGAUACUGAGAUACUAAAAAUUUCAUUUUUAUGACUACAUAAGAAGAUCUACUUAAAUUCUCAGAAAUUCUGUCUCUUCUUGGAGAGUAAUUCCCAGGAGCCAGGGAAGGAGAAAGCUGUUUUUCACAAACAGAAUUAAUGAAAACCUUUGUUGAAAAAUCCAACUCACAUGUAACCUUAGACCCACGAUUGUCACUUCCCUAUCCCUAGUGCUAAGGUGUGUUCUGGAGAGCUUGGCAGGGUGAGCAGGUGACGCUGGGCUGUCACCCUGCUGCAGCCGUCAUGGAGAUGACGGGUACCAUCCCAAACUCUGUGGGACACGGGAUUACCUCUCAACAGCAGGGUUAUGAAUGUAUCUGAUGUACUGGCAUUAGACUUUUAUGUUGCCCUACACUGAAUUGCUGCUUUUCUAUGUUGGAUGCCAUUUUGGUCUCUGGGAGUUGCUCUAUCCGAGCUUAAUGAGCACUAUAGCUUUUAAUAUAUUUGUAGAAGUGCUGCUAAUGUUCUUAGAUUAUUUGAAUUCCACACUGUGGUAUAAUAUCUGUUUUAUAUUAUUUUAUCCAUGCUUUUGGUUUUUUAUGUAAACUGUUCCUUAUUGUUGUUCAGAAAGAAAAAUUAAAGCUCUAUUCUCUAUGGUUAAUGUAUUUUCAAAUCAAUAAAAUUCUGGUUGUUCUUUA